AUGGCGAACUCGACCGCGCCAAGUGUCUCUCUUGAUAACCACAUCAUGAUUCCAUUGACGGCUUCUCUGUGGAGCUCCGUUGGUGCUUUCAACUUCUCAUCAUACUGGCACUCAACCACUCUCUGGGCUUGGGUCUUCGCCGUUUGCUGCCACUGGACCUACAAGUCGAAACCCAUUCCAGAGAAGCCAAGUUUCACCCCGAAUGAUGUGACCGUGGUGAUCCCUACAAUUCACAACCGGAUGGAAGAGCUUCGCCCGUCCCUGAAGAGUAUCCUGGCUUGCAACCCGUACGAACUCAUCCUUAUCACAACCGCCGCCAAGCAUGAUGCCCUGAAAAAGCUUGCCGACUCGCUGGGCCACCCUCGGGUUCGGGUUCUUUUUACGCAAAUUGCAAAUAAGCGCCUGCAAGUCUGCGCUGCGCUGCCACACGUCCGGACUCGCAUUACAAUCAUGGCUGAUGAUGAUGUCGAGUGGCCCAAGACCAUGAUGCCGUGGCUCCUGGCGCCUUUCGAAGAUCCCAAGAUUGGUGGCGUGGGGACCUGCCAGCGGGUUCGCCGUGAAUGGAAUGCCGAUUUGAGUACACGGAUUUUCAACUGGCUCGGAGCUGCCUACAUCGAGCGGCGCAACUUCGAGAUCUCCGCUACCCACAACAUGGACGGAGGCACGUCUUGCAUGUCCGGACGUACCGGGGCCUAUAGGUCCGAAAUUUUGCAAAGCGCUGAGUUUCUCGACGGUUUCCAGCGUGAAAAGUGGCGCCACUAUAUCCUGAACGCCGACGACGACAACUUUGUGACUCGAUGGCUUGUCAGCCACCAAUGGAAGACUUGGAUCCAGUACGAGCGUGAAUGCGAGCUCGAGACGACUUUGGAAAAUGGGAUGAAGUUCCUAUACCAGUGCUCCCGAUGGGCAAGAAGCAACUGGCGAAGUAACUGGACUAGUCUUGUGGUUGAGCGAUAUGUGUGGCGUCAACAACUCUGGUGCACGUAUGCACUGCACAUUGCCACUUUCACAUCUCUGGCAUUUGUGAUGGAUCCUUUUAUCAUUUUCUCUUUGUGGAAGGCAACCGAAAAUUGGGACGCUACGAGCCGCAAUUAUGCCUUCUGGGCCCAAAUCAUCUUCGUAUUCGGAUUUACCAAGGUCGUCAAGCUUGUGGGGCUCUUCAUGCGGAACCCAAGCGACAUCAUAUUCCUUCCGGUCUCGAUCCUGUUUGGCUACUUUCAUGGUCUCAUCAAGCUUUAUGCCCUCGCCACCCUCAACAUGACAUCGUGGGGUAGCCGGGCAGAUGGAGACGUCCACGACCGGCAGCGUCUCAUGCGCCCUCAGCGGAGCCUGAGUAUGAGCACACCAAACGGGAAAGGCGAGCUUGUGCGCUACGUCACUCAACGCCGCAUGACACUCCCGUCUCGAUACGAGAAGCCCGUGAUGCACGACGUCGACUGA